AUGUCCAGUGGCUGUCAAAUGCAAUACAAGAACCACUGCUCACAACCCGUACUCUCAGAGUGUCAAUUCCCGGCCCAUUGGGCGGGCAAUUGGUUCCAGAAGGGGGUCCAGGACUCCAUUAGAAUCAUUAACUCGAAUAUCUCCGAGAAAGGCAUUUGCAGACAUAGUAAUGGCGAAAAGUUCCUCAUCGAGAACAGGUAUGAGAAGUGCGUUCGUUGUCUUGUAAUCAACGAAAGACAUCACAAUCUAUUGCAAUACAAAGAGACAUUCAAUUGUCACCCGAUUUCCGAGAGGUUUUCUUUGGAAAGUGUCUGCUCUGAGAUCAAUGGCGACGCCCCUCUCUAUUCACUCUUCAGAUUGGACACCCGUUCAGUGCAGUGUCCAUUUCACGGCCCCUUCACCUUCAGCUAUAGCAGAGGUGCGGGUGAAUGCAAAGAACCCAUCUCUCAGAUAGACUCGUGCACUGACGACAAGCACCUCCUCUUCAGAUUCAAAGCCUGUGCUGACGUUCAGGGGUCUGAAAGCAGAGUGGAGGAAUUGGAGUGUUUUGCGGACUGGAAAGAGGGUUCAUAUCGUUAUUUAGUGGGGAAACUACAUCACGACUCGGCGAAGACCGAUGAGGACCGGUUCCGGUGCUUUGUGUUCGACAAGAUUAAGGACGCGCCCGAGGGCUAUGAGAUCGCACAGUCCGGUGACGCCACCUGUGAUGGUCUCCUUUCGCCGAAAGACGGGUCGCGCACAAUGAAGAUCUAUAAGACAAUCGGUGUUAUCCCCAGAUGUCAGUUCCCGAAGUGGCUUACAGUGAGGAGACAUUGGAAGUCAUUGGACGGCUCACACAUGUAUGACUUCACCCGACAAAACAACUCAUUCACUGUAUAUAACGUGACAAAUGGUGGAGACGUCGUCCGACUCGGCCUUUGUAUUCAUGAGGAGAAUCACACGACAAGUGUCUCCAACGAUGCCUUUGAUUUCAGCCAAUAUGUGGUUCACUUCACUUCGGGCUGUAAAAGCGGAUUCAUGUGUUUGCGAAUAUAUAAGCGCUCGAAUCAAAUCAUUGAAUUACAAUACGGCUCGUCCGCCAAACAGCCAUUCGAUGCCUGUUCUCAACACUUCAAACCAUUUCAUGCAAAAUAUGCAACCCUUACGACGACGUCAUCGGAGACGAGUGACUGUCCCUUCGAAGGCAUAUAUGCAGUCAAUGUUCCUGACGGAGGUCUCUAUAGUGGACUCAAUGAUCGUCAACCGAAUCCCUCCAACGAGAAGUCGUUAUUGAUAUGUUCGGAGCACUCGUCACUGAACUCCCGGUGCAACUCCAACGAUCACAUCCAACUCCAGUCCAAAUGCACUUUCAAUGAUAACAUUCGAAACUUCAGAUGUAAGGGCGGGUGGAAAGAGAACGGAACCACUUAUUUGAUCGCCUCUUCCAAUGAGGACGACAUCCGACAGUAUUGUUUAGCUUACGAUCAAACCGAGAGUGGACUCCAAAUGACUAUAAGUAGUGAUACUUGUCUUCGAAAGGGAACGAACUCUAUGAGCAGUCCGUGGCAAAGGGAAAGCCAUUUGGCUCUGAGUCUUGUGAAUAAAGGUGUGUGCAAUCAGAUGAGAUCCACUGCACUCACACUUCAUAUCAAUAGUUUUAUAAUCAACUGUGCGUUCAAUGGACUCAGUGUUAGGGCAGAUCUGAUGGACUCUUUGAUGAGUUCACUUAUAGAGACUAUUGGAUCGAAUCGAUUGGACAUAAUUAGUGAUGUGAUGGCAACUAAUGGGUGA